CGCCGCCUGCAGCUCGCGCGCCCGGCUCUGUUUGUGUCAACCUGAGCGCCCACGUGCGGGACCUGGCGGACUCGUUAUCCCAGGGAGCUGGGUCUGCGAGCGUGGAGCAGAGUAACUCACCAGACUAGGCUAGGUCUAGCCCGUGCAGCCUUUCUCUGGGACUCUGGAAACCUCAGCUGAGCAUGCGGUUCUGUAACACAGGCAGCCUAAGCCUCCCCUAAAGCCAGCCUUGAGUGCCCCUGCUGCUGCACUGCAAGGUGAGCUGAAAGUCUGAUGUUCCUGACUUAAUGUUUAUCUGGAGCGACUUUCCAGCCAUAAGCUUUACACACAGAAGCAUGUUAGGAGAUGAAACCAGGCAAAGGGUGAAGUUUACAGAUGAUCGUGUCUGCAAGAGCCAUCUCCUGGACUGCUGCCCUCAUGAUAUCCUGGCAGGAACACGCAUGGACCUGGGAGAAUGUACAAAGAUCCAUGACUUGGCACUGAGAGCAGAUUAUGAGAUUGCAAGUAAAGAGAGGGACCUAUUUUUUGAGCUGGAUGCUAUGGAUCACCUGGAGUCCUUUAUCGCAGAGUGUGACCGGAGAACUGAGCUGGCUAAGAAACGCCUGGCUGAAACUCAGGAGGAGAUCAGUGCUGAAGUGUCUGCAAAGGCAGAAAAAGUUCACGAGCUGAAUGAAGACAUAGGCAAACUGCUGGCUAAAGCUGAGCAGCUGGGGGCUGAAGGAAAUGUGGAUGAAUCCCAAAAGAUCCUGAUGGAAGUGGAGAAGGUCCGAGCAAAGAAGAAAGAAGCAGAGGAAGAAUACCGCAAUUCCAUGCCUGCAUCUAGUUUCCAGCAGCAGAAGCUGCGCGUCUGCGAGGUCUGUUCAGCGUACCUUGGUCUCCAUGACAAUGACCGGCGUCUCGCUGAUCACUUUGGAGGCAAAUUACACUUGGGCUUCAUUCAGAUCCGUGAAAAGUUGGACCAGUUGAGGAAAAUGGUGGCAGAAAAACAGGAGAGAAGAAACCAAGAUCGGUUGAGGCGGAGAGAAGAGCGAGAGAGAGAGGAGAGAAUGGGCAGACGGUCUGGCUCCAGAAAUAGAGAUCGCAGAAGAUCCCGGUCUCGGGACAGGCGGCGAAGGCGCUCACGAUCGACUUCCCGUGAGAGACGGAAGUCCCGCUCCAGGUCCCGUGAGCGAGACCGACACAGACGCCAUCGGAGCCGCUCACGCAGCCACAGCAGAGGUCACCGCCGGGGUUCCAGAGACAGGAGUUCAAAACACAAAAAAGAAGUUUGGACAAUUAGGAAGUGAGGAAGAGCCUGUAAUAACUAUUGCUAAAGAGCAGAUCCUCUAGAGGCCGGUCUUCAAGAGCAAAGUCCCGAGACAGAGAGGAGAGAGAAGAGCUCUUCUGAAAGAUGGCAUGAGAGCACAAAUGGCAAAUCUUGUCCCAAGAGAUCAGACGAGAGAGAAGCUGGCGAGAUCUGAACUCAGAUGAUCUGUAUUGCACUGUAAAUAGUCUGAUAAACAUUCUACACAAAGCCUAAAUUUCCCAUUUAUAUUAACUGAGUACAGCUCAUCUUUUGUAGUUUUGAAUUUUUACUAUUGGGCAGAUAGCUGUGAGUUUGUAAAGAUACAGAGUUCCGUACUGUUUACCAGGACUUUGUUUUAGUAGGAAUAAAUAAAUCUGAUGAAUUGAUUUCAGCACAGGUCAGUGAUUUACACAUGUAUUGGUUGGCAUGACCCAGUGAAUGCAGCAGUUAGAGCUAGUGCUGUGGUUGGAAACGUAGCCUGCCGUCUCAUUUGUAAUACUUAUGCCCUUUCGGAACAUUCACUUGCCCCUUCGCACAAUUGGAGUUUGAGAACAUCAGUAGCACCGGUGCUACCUCAGUUCACAUUUUCCCUUUCAGUUUGGGCACAUUUAGAGUAACUUAAGAUUUGUCUUGCUUUUUUUUAAGUGCUUAGCAACUCACUUUGCAUUUCCAGUGUUUGAGAAACAUCUCAGUAUUCCAGCUAAUUUGGGACAAAUAAAACUUGCCCAUAAUUUCCCUCUUGAACAACUUCAGUUCAUCUUCAUGACAAUGACCAACAUAUUUGGGCCUAUCCUUAAUAAUAUUUUCAGAUAACACAGGCCUUUUAUUCUAGGUAAGUGAAAAACAAUAUCUGGGUUGAUCUUUCUGUAAUGGAGUUCAUUUGGCAUUUACAACUAAAGCGAAAGGAACCUGGUCUAUAACAGUGUGGGAAGAGUCGAAUAUCUGUAACUAGAUGCAUUUUAAAAUUAGGGAGGAAACUUCUCAGUUCCCUGUGCCAGCCACAGUGGUGACCACAAGGAUUAAGCUAUUGUGAAAUUACCCACAGAAUAACAGCAGCUAGUAUGUGCAGAAUCAUGAACUAAAGCAAUGUAACUGUAGCCACUGCUGUCCAGUUUUGGCUUCUCGGCCUUCCCAUUAAUUUGGCAAGGCAGGUAUCUGAAAUUAACAGUUAAAUCUCACCAUUUUCCCAUAGUGGAAGCUUAAAGUAUUUGUAAAUACUCAUGCAUUAGUGGGGCCAGAAUUUUGGGGUUUUCCAGCCAUUUUUUCCCUUGCUGAGCCUCUGAUAAUUCACUUAAUUCUUUGAUUUCCUUUGAUUUGUGGGGGAGUGAGGUUUUCUUGUUUUUUGCAGAGGUGCAGAGUUGUCCUAGAUGUGUUAGUCUUCUAGAUGCAUGUUUAGGUAUUGGGGGAAUCUAGU